CGCCAAAGGCGUCCUAACGCAAAAACUGGGACCUUGGCGUCGGCCGGUGGCCUACCUGUCCAAAAAGCUAGACCCAGUGGCAGCUGGGUGGCCCCCUUGCCUACGGAUGGUAGCAGCCAUUGCCGUUCUGACAAAGGAUGCAGGCAAGCUAACUAUGGGACAGCCGCUAGUCAUUCUGGCCCCCCAUGCGGUAGAAGCACUGGUCAAACAACCCCCUGACCGCUGGCUAUCCAAUGCUCGCAUGACCCACUAUCAGGCAAUGCUCCUAGAUACGGACCGAGUUCAGUUCGGACCGGUGGUAGCCUUAAACCCGGCCACGUUGCUCCCCUUGCCGGGAAAAGAGACCCCCCACGACUGCCUCGAGAUCUUGGCUGAGACACACGGCACCAGACCGGACCUCACGGACCAGCCCCUCCCAAAUGCCGACCACACCUGGUAUACAGAUGGAAGCAGCUUCCUGCAGGAGGGGCAACGUAAGGCUGGAGCAGCGGUGACCACCGAGACCGAGGUAAUCUGGGCCAAGGCGUUGCCAGUCGGGACAUCCGCCCAGCGAGCUGAACUAAUAGCACUCACCCAGGCCCUAAAGAUGGCAGAAGCUCACUUACAGGCCCUCCAAGCAGUACAACGAGAGGUCUGGAAGCCUCUGGCCGCUGCCUAUCAGGACCAACAAGACCAGCCUGUGAUACCACACCCCUUCCGUGUCGGCGACACCGUGUGGGUACGCCGGCACCAGACUAAGAACUUGGAACCUCGCUGGAAAGGACCCUACACCGUCCUGCUGACCACCCCCACCGCUCUCAAAGUAGACGGCAUCGCUGCGUGGAUCCACGCCGCUCACGUAAAAGCGGCGACAACCCCUCCGGCCGGAACAGCAUCAGGACCGACAUGGAAGGUCCAGCGUUCUCAAAACCCCUUAAAGAUAAGAUUAACCCGUGGGCCCCCCUGAUAGUCCUGGGGAUCUUAAUAAGGGCAGGAGUAUCAGUACCACAUGACAGCCCUCAUCAGGUCUUCAAUGUUACUUGGAGAGUUACCAACUUAAUGACAGGACAAACAGCUAAUGCUACCUCCCUCCUGGGGACAAUGACCGAUGCCUUUCCCAAACUGUACUUUGACUUGUGCGAUUUAAUAGGGGACGACUGGGAUGAGACUGGACUCGGGUGUCGCACUCCCGGGGGAAGAAAAAGGGCAAGAACAUUUGACUUCUAUGUUUGCCCCGGGCAUACUGUACCAACAGGGUGUGGAGGCCCGAGAGAGGGCUACUGUGGCAAAUGGGGCUGUGAGACCACUGGACAGGCAUACUGGAAGCCAUCAUCAUCAUGGGACCUAAUUUCCCUUAAGCGAGGAAACACCCCUCGGAAUCAGGGCCCCUGUUAUGAUUCCUCAGCGGUCUCCAGUGGCAUCCAGGGUGCCACACCGGGGGGUCGAUGCAAUCCCCUAGUCCUAGAAUUCACUGACGCGGGUAAAAAGGCCAGCUGGGAUGGCCCCAAAGUAUGGGGACUAAGACUGUACCGAUCCACAGGAACCGACCCGGUGACCCGGUUCUCUUUGACCCGCCAGGUCCUCAAUAUAGGGCCCCGC